AUGUCGUUGGUGUCGGGCGAGAAGUCGAACUUCCAGUUCAUUCUGCGUCUCCUCAACACAAACGUUGACGGAAAGCAGAAGAUCGUUUACGCUCUUACCAAGAUCAAGGGUGUCGGCCGCAGGUACUCCAACCUGGUCGUCAAGAAGGCCGAUGUCGACCUGAACAAGCGUGCUGGUGAGCUCACCUCCGAGGAGCUCGAGCGUGUUGUCACCAUUCUCCAGAACCCUACCCAGUACAAGAUUCCCACAUGGUUCCUUAACCGUCAGCGCGAUAUCGUCGACGGCAAGGACUCUCAGACCCUCGCCAACGGUGUCGACUCUAAGCUCCGUGAUGACCUCGAGCGUCUGAAGAAGAUUCGUGCUCACCGUGGUCUCCGUCACUACUGGGGCCUGCGUGUCCGUGGUCAGCACACCAAGACGACCGGCCGGAGAGGACGGACCGUCGGUGUGUCCAAGAAGAAGGGUGGUUAA